AUGCUGACUGUAUUUCAGGUUAAAGACAACGAUACAGUCAUCAAGGAGUUCAAUGAGCUCGUCAACAUGGGUCCAGACCAGCUGAAGGAAUGGCUCGGUGGUGAGGACUCUGCUGGUGCAGGGUGGUCUAAGGAUGACGGUUCGGGUGAAACCAUCGGCCACGAGAGGCAAGUACAAUCGAGAUCAAUCCGUGGAAUGCUGCAACGAAAUCUAAUCCAAUCUUUUGUANGUGGUCGUAAGAUCAUCGAAAUCUUGGAGAAGAACCCAAAGAAAGAUCCUAGCAAAUACGACGAAGGUGACAUUAGCCAUAUGCGUAAAGUCGUGGCGUAUAACAAGCGCCAUCUGGCCCAGGAAGGAAAGGCAAAACAGGAUCCGGAAAGCAAGAGUGCUAAGUCGCUGAAGAACUGGGGUCACGACCCCCAGCAAUCCUAG